AUGCAAAAUUCUUCAUCACAAGCACCAUGGUACAUGCAGCAGUCUAUGGUCACAGGUGAUUACAAUCAGGCGAUGAAGAGAAAAGAGAGAGGGUUGUCCGUGCGGUGGAGGGUUAAGGCUAGUUUGGAUACUACGGAGGCAGCGGCCGCCGCCGGUGAGGUUGCUGCGGUGGUGGGUCAGGUGACGGAGGUUAAUAAGGACACCUUUUGGCCCAUUGUUAAAGCCGCCGGUGAUAAGACUGUCGUCGUCGAUAUGUACACUCAGUGGUGUGGUCCGUGUAAGGUGAUUGCUCCAAAAUAUCAAGAAUUGUCUAAGAAAUAUCUUGAUGUUGUCUUCCUAAAGUUGGACUGCAACCAAGAUAACAAGCCACUGGCAAAGGAGUUGGGAAUUAAGGUGGUUCCAACCUUCAAGAUAUUGAAGGACAGCAAGAUAGUUAAAGAAGUUACGGGAGCCAAAUUCGAUGAUUUACUACUCGCAAUCGAUAAUGCAAGAUCUAGUUAA